AGAACUAUAUUUAGUAUACUUUGACUGUGAAUGAUUAAUGAAGAGAAUUGAUAUGAUUGAAAUUUUUCAGAUAAUUUAAGAGUCCAUUUCAAUAUGCAGCGUUAUAUUGCCUUUUUCCUUAUGGUGCUGCUGGUCAGUUUUGCUUUCGGAAAUGCGGAAACAAAAUGUCAAGAGAACAGACAGAAAGCUCAGCAGUCACAAAAUAUUGGAGGGUAUGUACCUCAGUGCGAUGCGAAUGGAAAUUAUACUAAGCUGCAGUGCGUGGGCUCAGCUGGCCAAUGUUUUUGUGUUGAUCCAUCUACGGGAAAAUUCAUAAAAAGAGCCACUACGUCUGAAGAGUGCGAUUAAAUCACAAGCUUAAUGACGAAAAAUUUAUUUUAUAUUGAAGUAAUUUUCAAUAAGAAAAUAAUUAAUCAAAACUAAAGAAAAAAAAAUUAUUUGAUUUCCUUUAUACUAGAAUUGUCUUAAAUAAUUAUGAUAAUGUACUUUGUAAUAGGUUUAAUUUAAAUAAAUAUUUUAAUUCUUGCA